AUGCCUUCGCUUGCAAACUCGCUUCCCUUUUCACCGGCCGAGCUGGCCUACCUCCAUACCUCGUUAUCUUCUAUCCCUCCUCUGCGCCCGGAUGCGCGCCCUCUGGCGACCGACUUUCGACCGCUGAGAGCAGAGACGGGUGUUCUUCCAGCCGUGAAUGGCAGUGCGCAUGUCGGGUUUAAUGACGGCCGUGAAGCCAUUGUCGGCGUCAAGCUCGAGGUCGAGAGGACUGUUGCAGGGAACAGCGUGUUGUCGGGAACUGAAGAUGGAGCAAUGGACAUUGACGCAGACGAUCGAGGUCGGAACACGGGUCAAAGAAGACGAGGCAAGGGGAAGCCGGAGUGGGUGACUCUUACACUCACGCUUCCUGGUCUACGAGACGACGAUCCCAACUUGGUCUUCCUCGAGGAAAUGCUAAGGGAGCCAUUGGUGGUGUCCUCUUCCUCGGACGCUCCAUCGCUGCAGGACAGCUUGAUCAUCAACUCCCGAUGGCACUGGCACGUAUACAUCGAUGUGCUUCUUACCUCGCCAAAUGGACUUGCAAGCUACCCACUUCCACUCCUGAGCAUGGCGACACAUGUGGCAUUACGCGACACCCGCAUUCCAAAGCUCAAGAGUGAAGGCGAAGAAGACCCCCUUGCAGAUGACGACUGGAUGGCCAGCACGUACCUGUAUCCCCGAACCAAAUCUUUUCCUGCAAAACCUCCCGUAACGUUUCUCGUCGUCGUAGUCGGCGAGAACAUCAUUUUCGAUCCCAGUCGAGAAGAGCUUGCCGUUGCGGACGGUGUCAUCGCCGCCAGUGUCGGGAGCACGACGAAAGAGGGAGAGUUCCAGUUGCUUGCGACGCGGAUGAUCGACACGCCUGCGAGAGAUACAAUGAAGGGCGUGCUACAAUCCGGCGAGGUGCAAGAAGGGGUUGAUGUUCCCGGUGUUUGGCGGCCGAGGAUCGGUGGUGUCAAGAGGAGUCUGUUGAAGAAGGUGGUCAAUGCUGUGCUUACCGAAGGCGUUGCGAAGGAUGUCAUGAGCGGUCUGGACGGUUUCUUGACCGUCGAGAUGAAUACUGAGGCAGGUGCGAGCACGGGAUAA